CUGUUGACCUCUCCCAGCGGUGGAAUCGGCCAGGCAACCGCCAAGGCCUUUGCGCGCGUCGGCUGCUCCAUCGCGGUGCACUACAACGCGCCCUCCUCCGUGGCUAAGGCCGAGACCCUCAUAAACUACCUGCACGCGCUCGCCCCAGCAGGUGUACAGCCCCGCUUCGCCGCUUUCCAGGCGGACCUGUCGCGCUACGAGGAUGCGCGCCGUCUACAUGCAGAGGUCGUGCAGACACUCGGAAAUCCUGACAUACUCUACGCCAACCACGGCAUUGCGGGCCCCAAGAUUGGCCCCACGGGGGACAUCAAGGACAUUAGCGUCGAGGUCUUUGAAGAAGUCUGGCGCACGAACACAGGCACGAGUUACGCGCUGGCCCAGUUGUGUGUGCCAUACAUGGAGUCCCAGCAGUGGGGGCGCAUCAUCUUCGCGUCUAGUGUCGCAGCAGGCAACGGCGGUGUGAUCGGCCCGCACUACGCAUCUUCCAAGUCCGCGCUGCAUGGUCUCGUUCACUGGCUCUCAUUGCGCUACGCAAAGGAUGGUAUAACCACCAACGCAAUUGCACCGGCACUCAUCGAAGAUACCGCGAUGAUGGCUAACCCCUCGCCCGAUGCUAAGGUGCAUAUUCCUAGUCCUCGUGGAAGGAUUCGUAAACUAAUAGAAAUUUCACAGAGCAAGAUCCCUGUAGGCCGCUUGGGUCGCCCAGAGGAAAUGGCGGACAUUGUACUGCUGUUGGCGUCGAACGGCUACAUGACGAACAAGGUGCGCCACCCACCACAAGGAAGAUAA